AUGGAUGAUCAAUCGGAUACAUCAGCAAUAGUUGAUGAUGAGAAUUUAGCUUUACUCAAUUCGGAUAAUGCAUUAGACAUAUCUAUCAGAUCAAGACCAUCUAUGUCAUGGAUUAUGGCUGCAGGUCUUAUUAUUAAUGCAGCUAUGGGUGCCGGUCUUUUGAAUAUAGCCAAAGCUUAUGAUGAUGCUGGUGGUAUAUUUAUUAGUUCAAUUCUUCAUGGAAUUGUUGUCAUUUUGGUACUUGGUGCUUAUGCUAUUUUAUUUGUGUGUUGUGAUCAAUCGACAUCAUCGUAUGAAGCAUUUGUUCUUAUGAAAUGUGGAAGAGUUUGGCAAAGAAUUUGUUCUGUUUGUAUUAUAUUAUAUAUGUAUGGUUUAAGUAUAACAUUUUUUAUUAUUAUUGGAGAUCAAUUAGAUCGAUUUCUUACUUUUUUUGAUCCACUUUUUUGUCGUCAUUGGUAUUUUGAUCGUCGAUUUACAAUACCAAUAACAUCAUUAUUACUUAUAUUUCCAUUAUGUUUUUCAAAAACAAUUAAAUUUCUACAAAUUCCUAGUCCGGAAUCAUGGACAGAUAUUUUCUUAGUUUUGCCAACAAUGUGUUUUUCUUAUCAAGCACAUGUAAAUGCUGUACCAGUUUUUGUUUCAUUAAAAAAUCGUGCUGAUUGUAUUAAAGCAACAUUAGCAUCAACAAUUGUUCUUGUUCUUAGUUAUUGUUUCGUUGCUAUUUGUGGUUAUCUUACAUUUGGUACUAAAGUUGAUCAUGAUAUUUUAAUGUCUUAUCAGCCAAUAUCAGCCGUUGUACUUAUUGCUAUAAUUAUGGUAGCAAUUAAAACUUAUACAGCUUAUCCAGUAAAUUUAUUUUGUGGAAGAACGGCAAUUGAUUCAUUAUCAAAGGAAUCAACAACAUCAUUGAUAGCUACGGAUCUAAAACAAUCAAUAAAAAGUCGAAUUUUAAUUGUUUGUCUUUGGUUUUUUUCAACAUUAGCUGGCGCAAUUUUUUUACCAAAUAUUUCUAUAGCAAUACAUUAUUUAGGUGCGCUUGCAGCUAGUUUCAUAUUUAUAUUUCCAGGUCUUUGUUUAUAUUUUCAUAUUGAACAAAAAUGGAUUAAUUCAUGGGGAAAUAUUAUAUCGAUAUCUAUUGCUAUUUUUUAUGUUGCUAUUGGAGUAUUUGUUACUGUAUUAACAUUACUUCAAUCAUUAAUAUCUGAUAUUAGUGCUGAAGAAACUAGUGCAACAAAAACAUGUUAA